CAAUGCCAGUUUCAUUCUCAGUCUGUGCUAAACUCACCAUCUGAUCAGAUCAGGUGGAUGUCGUAACCCGCCGGAGGAGUGCAUUUCACGUAUAUACGCGUCUGCGUUGUUAACAAGUUUUCACGUGGAAUCGCAGUAAGGUUUUCGCUCUUGUCUUUGUAUUCGCGCAGGAUAAUAAACGCAUCACCAGUAAGUGAAAUAAUGACAGAGCCAAACAUGGACGAUAUUCCCGAUAGAAUCGCCGAAACCUUCAAGGGACGAGACAUCUUCAUCACCGGUGGUACCGGAUUCCUGGGAAAAGUAAUGCUCGAAAGAUUCCUUCGUUGCAUACCGGAAGUUGGAACGAUUUACUUGCUGAUCAGAGGGAAGAAGGGGAAGGACCCGAAACUGCGAAUGGACGAAAUAUUCAAUGGACCGCUUUUCGAAAAGGUUAGAGAACAGAGGGGGCUGCCGGCUCUUCAUAAAUCAGUCGCUAUCAUCAACGGGGACGUCUCCAUGCCUGGACUCGGCUUGUCAGCGGAAGACAGAAAACUGUUGUGCGAAAAAAUUAGCAUCGUUUAUCACGCAGCCGCUACUGUCAGAUUCGACGAGAUGUUGAAGAAGGCCGUUCUGCUGAAUACACGUGGUACAAAACUAAUGCUAGAACUUGCCAAAGAAAUGAAGAAGUUAAUUCUCUUCGCUCAUAUCAGUACGGCGUAUUGUCAUCUCGAGGAAAAGAUUCUAGGCGAAAAACCGUACCCGCCGCCAGCGGAUCCCCAUAAGGUGAUAAGGUGCGUUGAAUGGAUGGAGGACGAGGUGGUCGAGGCGAUGACGGACAAGAUCCUGGGGGAUUUGCCCAACACGUACGCGUUCACCAAGGCGCUUUCUGAGGGUUUGGUCGAAGAGGCGAUGCCUCAUAUCCCUGCGGUCAUUCUCCGACCCAGUAUAAUAAUUCCGAUGUGGAGAAACCCGCUCCCUGGAUGGACAGACAACAUAAAUGGACCAACGGGUCUCCUGAUCGGGGCUGGGAAGGGAGUCAUCAGAACAAUGUACUGCAAUCAAAAUGAUUAUGCCGAUUACCUCCCGGUAGACAUUGCGGUAAACGCGAUAUUCGUUACCACGUGGAAUUAUUUGACCAACAACGACCGUGAGAAAAACGUAUACAAUCUCACAAGCAGUACCGAGUUCAAGAUAUCGUGGGCAGAAAUUAUCGAACGUGGUCGUCGCAUAACAAAAAUUGUACCUUUGAACGGGGUCGUUUGGUACCCGGGCGGUAGUAUGAAGAGCUCGCGCUUGAUGCAUAAUAUCUGUGUAUUCUUCUUCCACAUGCUUCCGGCUUACUUUAUUGACACUAUAUUAUUCCUCGCGGGACACAAGCCAAUCAUGUGCAGAGUGCAGCGAAGAAUUCAAAAAGGUUUCGAAGUGUUCGAGUACUACGCCAAUAAUCAGUGGGACUUUGACAACGGGCACAUAAGGGAAGUCAGAGAGAUGCUCAAUCCUAAGGAGCGGAAAUUGUAUGUGCUUGACGGCGACGAUAUGGAUAUUGAUGCCUACUUUGAAGACUGCAUUAGGGCGGCAAGGAUUUAUAUUCUUAAAGAGUAUCCGGAGACUCUACCUGCAGCUCGUAGACACAUGAGAGUUAUGUACUGGGUCGACGUUAUCACGAAAGUCUUGUUCUGUUUGCUGAUUAUCUACACUUUGGCAUCGUGGAGCGAUAGUUUUCGAGCUAUGUUGGCUGGUGGAUGGGCCCUAAUAGCCGGAGUUUUAGCCUUAUAGCUGUUUAUACAUUACAUGUCUUCUUUUAUAACAAGUUAGCAAUACCUUUUUAAUACAAUAUGUAAUACCAAAUGUAAUAGAUGAUCUAUGAAUGUAU